CACAUUAGCUCAGUUAUCCACGAUAUGUUGCUGCUCAAAGAGUAAUCUACACUGUGAAUUGUGUCUGAUCCAGAACUGCAAAAAUCUUCUCUCGCAGUAAAACUACUUGUCUUGAAAACUAUUGCAUCCCUCACAUCAAACCAUCAUAAAUAACACGACGAUCAAAGAUCCCUCUCCUAUAUAUAUGUGCACGACUCUUCAUUCUACACAUCUACUGAAACAGGGGAAGGUAUAAGAGAAUCAGAUUCACACACAGAGAUUCAGUGUAUUUGAAAAUAAUUCGCUUUUAGAGAAGGAUCGGAGAGCCAAUCCAGGCUCUGAAAUGAACUGUAUGCCGUUUGAAGUUCUGUUUCUCGGGAGCGAAAAAGUUGAAGAGAUCAAGUGGGAAAAGGAGCGAUAAUUCUUUUCUUCCCAAAAUCACAUAUUAUCUCGCAUCUGUUUUGGAUACUUUCGGUAUUUUUUUAAAACGGAUCUUGGAAUCUUAUUCUAUUGUUCAUGUAUAAGGUGAUUUCAGCAUAAGAAAGGACAUCAUGACAGGUAGAAUUUUGAAGGAAACGAAUUCAGCGUCAGGCAUUGAUAAGCAACCAGAAACACAAGCACGGACGAUGAAGGCAGAAACAGUACAAGUAAAAUGCUAUUGCUGCGAAUUGAUGGAGGAGGGGACAGUGUCGUACGUUGGUCGUGUACGAGAGAAAUACCAAGGUCGCUGGAUUUGCGGGCUCUGUGCAGAGGCAGUGAAGGACGAGAAACAGAGGUCGGAGAGAGACAUUACUACGGACGAAGCAAUGAAGAGUCACAAGAAGUUCCGGCAACAGUUCACAGCAACGAGCCCUCCCAACAAUCCCACCGAGGAUUUGAUUAAGGCGAUGAAGCAGCUGAUGUUGCGGAGUUUGGAAAGUCCUAGGAACGAAGGGAUGACGUGUCGGCCACUGGGCAGAUCUCAGAGCUGCUUCUCUACCAUGACAGGGAUGCAGAAACAGAGCGACCCCGGAGAAGGUCAUGGCAGAGUAAUUGAUAACGCUACCUGAUCAAUCACAAGCAGCUUAUUGGAAUCACAUUGGCUUUGGGGCUGUUGAACACAGCACCAAAUCAAGAUUCUGGGUCGUGUCUUCAUUGAAGUCGUGUCUUAACGCUUAGCAUUAGCAUAUGGUGUGUUCGUAUAUAAUUCUAAUGAUGUUGAAUGAUGUGCUGGCCAGCUCCUUAGAUCUUAAUGUUUGGCAGACUCCUCAGCUUCAAUAAUUGAUCCUUGUUCCUCUUUUAAACUCAUUGACUUGUUCGAGAGUUAGUGGUUAAUUGUUAUUGUUUGUGGAA